AUGUCAUUUUUUGAGUUAGAAGGAAUUGUAAAGGAGGAUCUUGGGGUAAAACAUGAGUUUUGUCUUUGGUAUCAUUUACCUAAUGCUGUUAACUUUAUGAAAGGGUUAAAGAGAGUUACCGAUGAUAUUUGUGUUGGGAAAAUGUUUGAAGUAGCUGUUGAAAAUAAAGCAUUAUCUGUGUAUGUAGUUAAUGACAAGGAUAAUGAGAUGUUGGUUCUAGAAAUAUCAAAAAGUGGUACUAAAGAUAGUGAAGUUUUGUCCACUGUUGGGAAUAGGAAAAAGUUGACCCCUAAGAGAGCAUCUAAGGCAAAAGAAUCCCUUAGUGAAAGUUGCAUACCUCUUGAAUAUGAUUUUUCUGAAGAUGAGCCACAUUUUGGUAAUAGUGCUAAGGAAGAUGAAGAUGAAAUUUCGGAGGAGCUUGUGCAAAGUCAAGAUUUGUCAUCGUCAUUCGAAGAACUAGAGCAAGUGGGUGAUUCUGUUUUGAAAUUGGGUGAGUGUAGUAACACACAGGGUCUAUAUGAGUAUGAAAAUAGUGAUCAUGAAGAUGAUGAUGCUACUAUCGAUUUUAGGAAGUCCAAAUGGAUUUUUGGGCAAGUUUUUAGCACCCCAGUUGAAUUUAAGGAGGCGGUAAGGAAAUAUGCAAUUCAUCAGAGAAGAAAUGUAAGAUUUUAUUUGAGUGACAAGUCUAAAUUGAAUAAGCUUUGUGUAAAGUGUAUUGAUGGUUGUCCCUUUAAGCUCUACGCUAGUUGGGAUAAAACACGAGCUUCCUUUAUUGUCAAGAAAUUUAAUGGUGAUCACACUUGUCAAAGAAACAUGGAUUCUAAUCGUCAAUUCAAAGCUUCUUGGGGCUUUGCGUACAAGAUUAAGUAUGCUGCACAUAGGAGGUUACACGGAUCUAUGAAACAACAUUAUCAGAAACUCAUGAGCUAUGUUGGGGUUUUAGAACGAAGUAACCCUAAUAGCCACUUCGUUGUUGUUACUGAUCCAAGCACAAAUCCACCAACAUUUCAGAGGUUUUUUGUUUGCUUUAAAGGGGUUAAAGAUGGUUGGGUUGGUGGAUGCAAGAAAAUAUUGGGCAUUGAUGGUUGUUUUCUAAAAACAUUCUUGGGAGGAAUGCUAUUAAGUGCAGUUGGGAGAGACCCUAACGAGCAAAUGUAUCCAUUGGCUUGGGCUGUUGUUGAGGGUGAAAACAAUGAAUCAUGGCAAUGGUUCAUUUCUGAAUUGAAGAAGUCCGUGCCUCAUGAUAAUGGUAAAGAGUGGAUACUAAUAUCAGAGAAACACCAGAGCAUUUUGAGGGCAGUCCAGCUGGAGCUUCCAAAAGCAGAACAUAGGCAUUGUGCUAGGCACAUCUACGCAAAUUGGAACAAGUCAUUCAAAGGAGAAGAGAUGAAAUUACUGUUUUGGAGAUGUGUCAAAGCAUACAACUUGGUUGAUUUUGAAGAAGCAAUUAGUGAGAUGGAGGACGUUAAUCCGAUUGUUGUUGACGCCUUUAGGAAAUGCGGUCCACACUUGUUUUGUAGAUCUUUUGUCAAACUAGAAGGAAAGUGUGAUGUUAUUUUGUGA